UGGUGACUGUCAGUAAAGUUAAUGCUCCACUGACACACAGCGCGAGACACGCAGCAAGACCGAGCGCGAGACACGCAGGAAGAAAAGUUGAAACAGUCGACAUGUCUCAGUAUUCAGACCUCGAGAAGGCAAUCAACACGAUGGUCACCCAGUUCCACUCUGCUUCAGGUGACAAAAGUGGAACGCUGAAAGUUGAUGAAUUCAAAAAUCUUUUGGGCUCCCAGAUGCCAAACCUGGUCAAGUUUGGCUCAGACCAGGGACUUGGUGACAUCCUGUCGAAGAUGGGCGUAGGUGAGGGCGAGGGCAUCUCUUUCAAGCAUUUCUGGAGCUUAAUCCAGCAAGUAGCCACCAGUCAGCAUGGCCUCCUCAAAGACCAGUUUGGGGGCUCCUCAUGCAGCUGCAUCCUCCUGUGAAGAGCAAGCCCUCAGCCCAACACAUCAGCUCCACCCUGUUUCCACCCUGGAGUUUCACUUAACAGAGUAACCAUAUGCACAUCACUCUCAUAAUCAGGUGUCGGACAGAAUACAAAGGUACAAAGUCUACUCUGCACACAGUUGGCAGUUCCCAACAUUUCUGACUAAAAUUUUACAUUUUUUAAAUGCUGUGAUCUCUUAUUAGACAGUUUUCUACAUCCCGCUUCUGCCAGUAAACUGCCCAGAAUCCUUUGCACCAUUUUAAGUUCAAAUUCAAUCUAGCUUUCAUUUCAUUGUGCCUUGUGCUGUCAUUACUUUGUGCUAUUUUUUAACUAUCUUACAAUGAAAUCAUCUACUCAACCUCACACUGAGUAAAAGGUAACCGAUUCGUAGCCAUUUGGUGAUCAUGAGUUAAGUACAUGCAGUAUGUUAUUUUAUUUUACAUAUUGCACAUGUUGAUAUUGGCUCAGGUUCCUGACAGGACAAUCUGAUUUUGUCUAGCAUGUUAUUAGCCACAGAAUGUUAGUGGUCCUUCUGUGUUGUAUUAGUAAAAGAAAAACACACAUCCCAAAAUGUCUUCCCAGAUUACACUCAAGAUUGAUUCAUGGCAGAGUUUAAAACAUCACCUAUGAGCUGGGAGGAGAUUUGGGGAGUAGAGGUGGAGCUAAACAAAUGCACAGCUUCAGCAUUCAAAAUUUACUCUCUAAAGGCUUCAGUAUGUUUGAAAUGUACAGAGUCGUACAAUGUGUCAUCAAUAUAAAGGUGUCAGUUUGUUCCGAAAGCAGUGCCUGUUGGAUUGUCUAACAGCGUCGAAACCCGGCUUCAUCAACUUUCUGUCUUGGCAGGCUUCUAAGUGGGGACAUUUAAAACAGCUGUUAAUGCUUCUGCUUUCAGAGGUUGUACAAAUAAAAGUAUUAGUACGAUGCAUGUUAUACCCUUCAGACACUAUUAGGUGAUCCAACAAGCAGAGGCACUAGUACUCAUUUUGAAUUUUAUCGGUGCAAAAGGCACUGGGCAUUAUCACAGUCAUAGCCAUUACCAUAGUCACUUUCCUUUAUGUGCUCCAAUUUUUAUUCCAUGUAUAAUAUUGAUUUGUGGUGCCUUCAAACCACUUAUGUUUACUUCACUGAUAAUAGGAGGAUGAAUGGCCCUCUGCUGUGGUAUUCAAAACUUCAUAAGGAUAUUUCCUACUAGGUCAAAGCGGAGGGGUGACAGUUGUGAAAAUAGUAUCAAAUGGAAGCAUGGCCUUCUGGAUAAGAGACAGCAUUAUUCACUAUUUUAUAAAAGGGAACAAGGGCUUGUUCUUAUGGUCAUCUCACUAGUUAACUACAUAAAUGCUAAGAAUAUAGUUCCUAUACUGUAAUAUAGUGUAGCCAACUUCACAUGACAAAAAUGCUAACUCAUGAGUACCAUUUGAAAACAUCAGUAUGAGAGCAUGUAUCAUCAGAGUUGAUCCUCAGAAACACUGAGGAAAAAUGAGUUUAACUUUCAGAAGCUUUGAAACAUAUAGAAUUUCUUAUUUUGUGCUGACUCCAAUUCACAGUAUGUGUUAUUGUGUUGACAGUUUACAGCCAUUACAAGUGUAAGCAACGUCUGGAUCUUUAAAAAUGUGGCAGUAAUCAUCUCAAUUUGAAUUCACGUGUCAGCAACAGAAUGCUAAAGUGUAGUUUGGGUUAUUUCUGUCUUUAUGUUUGACUUUGCAAUCAUUUGAUAAAACACGAAUUGUGUACUUUAUAGUCCCAUUAUAAGUUUCUACCUGUAAUGCUUUACCCUCUGCGAACCUGCAUUUUCUAUGUAUUUAUAUUUUGUAAUUCUCUGUAUUCUGGCCUGUGUGACACCAUAAGAAACAUGAUGUAAUAAACAUACAAAGAAACCACCAGAA